AUGGCCGGCCGGACGGUCAGCGGUCUGGAGUCCUCAGUCCCGUCGUACGUAGUCUUCCGUGCCAUCUUCUGUAGCAUCUACCCUAAGGCCAGGUUCGCUGCGCGCUUCCAUCCUCCCGUGGCCUCGGCGCCCCCUCUCUGUCGACGCGGGGUACCCAGCGAUCGCCCGGCCGCAAAGGACCCUGAUGCACCGAAUCCGCUGUAA